UUCUUCAGAAUCAGAAUCAGAAUCAAAUUUAUUGCCAUGGUCAUUUCCAGUCACUGAGUAAUUUGUUCUGCUUGUCAGAUGCGGAAGAAAACACAUACGAUCAUAAUAACACUAUCAUCUCGCCUAGCCUAAAUCGGGGAAAAAAAUCAAGUCAUUUUUAAAUACAUAUUUCUUUUGAAAGAAUCACAAAAACUAAUGGCAUUAUUUAAAAUCUAACGAUCCACAUCGGUCGUGGUGGAAUCUGCCUAUGUGGCAUCACCAUAGACGCGGACAAUCGACCAAAACAAACGGAUUCAUGCGCCAAAUAUCGCGAUAACUAUCACGUGCCUCUGAUUGGUGAAGAAGCGCAACUGGUAAGUCACGUGGCUUGGGGUUACUUGGCAUUCUGGGACACAAACAGCGUCAACAGCAGCGUCCGCCGUGGAUGGACCAGUACCCACUCGACUCCAGCGGGAACUGUGGCGCUGCGUCACACUAGUGUAUUGUGUCAGUGCUGUUACUGCGAACAAGGAGGCCGGCGAUGCUGUAAAGUCCUUGAAAUGCUCCGUUGGACUUUAUCCACCCACUGAACCAGUAGCGAAUGAGCCGAGCCCUGCUGUGAUUCAACGCCAUGCUGGUGGGCUCCCGUCAGCUGCGCGAGGAUGCUGGACGGUCUGGGACCACAGAUCUAGUCACGUCUUCUCGAGGUGUUUUCCUCAUUUUGGGAGCUCUAGUGUGAGGAGCCGCCUGAGGAGCGAGGACCUCUCUGGAUAUGGCGACAUUUAAAAAGAGAUGUCAGCGAACGAGCAACUGUGAACUGCUGGAGUGGUAUGUGGCCCAGUUGAUGUAUCCGAGAUAAAUAAGAUGGACGCUAAACGCAAUGGCUGAGAAAGUUGACUGCUUAAAUAUGCUUCCUCUUCCUACUCCUUCAUUUAUUUUUUACUGAAGUAUGAUUAUGUGUUGGAUGUGAAGAAAACGGACUGAAGACGUUGCUGUCUUCUUGUGGGACAGUUCCUCCGAGCUUUCCAAAGAGCUCCUUCAAAAGCCAAAAUGUCCACGUUUGGGUCCUCGUCCAUGCAGUUGUUGUCAAAGCUUAUAAAGCAAGCAGCUGGGAAAGCGGAGAUCCAGCUGAACCGCUGGCUGCAGAGGACAGCUACGGAGGAGCCUGACAAGAUAGACAUCCUGAUAUGCAGCGCCUUCGACGAAAGAGGGAUCAACAUUGGGAGCCCAGAGGGUGACCCUGAAGUGGCCGGUGACACGGGAGCGACACCUUUCAGCCACACUGGAGACUUCAGACACCCCUGUUGUAUUACCACAUUUUGCUUCAAGAGUGCCCUGCUGGCGUGCAUCCUGACAGCUGUGUGUUUCUCCUCAGUCGCCCUGGUGCGCCAGUACCUCAAAGACCUCUUGAUUUGGGUGGAGAGCCUGGACAGCUUUGUUGGAGCACUCCUCUUCAUAAUCGGAUUGAUCAUCGUGUCAUUUCCAUGUGGCUGGGGAUACAUAGUUCUGAACGUGGCAGCUGGCUACCUCUAUGGCUUUGUGCUGGGCAUGGGGCUCGUCAUGGUGGGCGUUUUAAUAGGAACGUUUGUGGCUCACCUGGUGUGUAAACGGCUGCUGACCGACUGGGUGUUGAACAAAGUUGGGAACAGUGAACAACUCAGCGCUGUCAUCCGAGUGGUGGAAGGAAGGAGUGGACUUAAAGUUGUGGCCUUAGCAAGACUCACCCCAAUUCCAUUUGGGCUCCAAAAUGCAGUUUUUUCGAUCACAGAUGUGUCCUUGCCAAACUACCUGGUGGCCUCCUCUGUGGGCCUGUUGCCCACCCAGCUCCUCAACUCCUACCUGGGCACCACCCUCCGCACCAUGGAGGACGUCAUUGCUGAGCAAAGUGUCAGCGGCUACUUUGUCUUCAGCCUACAGAUCAUCAUCAGCAUCGGCCUGAUGUUCUACGUGGUGCACCGCGCUCAGGUGGAGCUCAACGCCGCCAUCGUCGCCUGUCAGAUGGAGCUCAAGUCCUCACACAUGAACGGCACAUCUACCAAUCACAGCAACUUCUCCUACUGCAGCAAGAGGGCAGCAGCAAGCGCUGGAAACUGCAUCAACAUCGUGUGAACCCCGGCUCCAAAGACUGCUACAAGGUUUGAAGCGGACGUGUAUCUGUCGCACACGUCCGAGGUGUCCUUCACCUCGAGUGGAGCGUCGCGCUCGCAGGAUGAUCUUUGAUGGGACCAGACACCUUUAAAAUUUAAGGUGCCAAAAGAUGUUUGGUGAUAUAAUUGAAACAUUUUGUAGUUUUCUUUCACGACCCGGGCGGGUUUGACUCGGUCAGACGUCAAGUGAUGCUGAAGAUUUCAGGGCUCUUAGUUUUGCUGAACUUGCACUACAUGACUUUGAAGGGUUUCUGAAGCAGAAACCGUGAAAUUAUUGAGUUUAAUAGCACAUUGUACUGGAGCCAUCGUGAAGUCGUCUUUAUUUCCUCUCAGAUUCAACAUGAGUUGUGGCGUUCUGCGGAUAACUUCAGAGUAAAUAAACACGUCUGAAUCCAGAGGAACGGAAACACUGCCGAUGGACGAUAAACCCAAGUUUCCUGCUGUUUUAUACGAAUGAAUUGUGGAGCCACGGUGUCUCAUAUCUGUCUAGUCCAAACACACGUUUGACCUUUCAAAGUCAUGUAGUGUUUGAGCACAACUAUACGAUGUGGCGUCGACUGCUGACUCACAAUAUGAAUGUGUUCAUCGGAGCUUUCUAAAGACCCAGGGAUUUUGGUUUUAUUUUUUUAUUUUCUUAAAAGAAUGACUAUGCACCUUUUUCACAUGACGACAGAGAGUCCGUUCAGUUCACCAUUCAAAUAUCAAGGGCAUUAUUUAUCGUGGUCAAAGCCUAUUUUUGCCGCACGGUGAGGCGAAACGCUCCCGGAGAGCACUUAGUGAUGUCAGCGGAAACAGCGUUGACUGAGGAUGACUGAGAUGUUGGCGCACCCAACAGCUGGAGGGUGCCCAGUGGUGGUUUCUGGGUUGACACUGAAGUGAGAUGUCAAGCGCUCCUGUAAAAGUGUAUCUAUUUUUUUCGGUCAGCUGAGAUGUUUGAUGAUUUAUGAAUGUCAUUUUUCUGUGCUGAAACCAAACAGACGUUGUUUUCACACACAUCUAACAAGGGCCGCUGAAGAUUCGAGGGAAUUGGAGAACGCUCAGUGUUGCACAUUUAAAAACAGAGUUUAUGCAGGAGAGAGUGCAUCAUUUUAACAACAACAAAAGAGGUUAAAAACAAUAUUUAAUAUUGACUGAAUUAUUUAGAUUUGAAGUGAACUGCUCCAAAAGGGAAAAGAGAUUUGAGGUUGGGAUGAAAAUAAUGUUUCGUUAUUAUGUCUUAAUGCAGAAAAAUAAUAGGUUCCUCAUACGUAUUAUUAGUUAUUGUUCUCCUUCAGAUUUGUGGAUCUGACUGUAUUGAUAUAAUUUGCUCUUUUGUUAUUCUUAAAAUCUCAGUUGGACUGUGCUAGUUUACAAGCCAUGAGCCAAAAAAUUCUAGUUUAGAUGAUGGAAGUCUGCUGCAUAAUUGAGACGCUCCAGGUUUGAUCGCCUAUAAAUGACAGCAGCCUCAGUGUGGAGACGGACCUCUGUAGUGUCCUGUGUUUGUGAAGUAUUGUUGUUAUUUAUGGAGCCAGAGUGUUCGGUCCUGCUCACGUGCAGGUUGAGUUGAUCAGAAACAAUUUUAAAAAAGUGUUCCUGUCUCAUUUCCCCCCACUUUUAACCUACUAGCAAAAGUGGAGAAAGACCAAUGAAUCAAAAUAAUUCAUAUGAAAUCAUAGCUCCUAGUUGCAACAAUUUCAGCGAUUAAAAAAAAAAGGAAUUAAGGUGAAAAGUAAUGGAAAGUAGUUCACGUGUUAAACGUGAGUGCAUGCAUUUUUUUCCUUAAGUAUAUUAAAUUCUAUGUCCAUAGUUUGAGACUGAGAACAGUCAAAGUUAAACUGAUAAAUGCAGGAGAAAAGCUGGAUUUAGUUGAAAUAUAUCAUGAAAAAGCACUAAUGUUCAGCUUGAGGAAAAGCCCUGGGAAAGAUUGCUUGUGACUAGUGAGGUGAAAUUUUUUUUUCCGACUAUUUUUACUUCAACUAUCUAAUAAUUGCCCCUAUGUGGUGUUAUAGUUGAGAAACGUCAGUCUUUGUGUCGCCUAAAGUUUGUCUUUUGUUUUGCUUUGUUUGUUUUCAAAAGUGCCAUGAAUCGAUAGCGAGUCAUGAUGUCAAGGUUCGAGUGUGACUUAUUAUUUCCCACAGCUGAAAAGAGGCUGCUUUCACCGAGAGAACGAAACAAAGCUCUUUCUUUUGCACUCUCCACUAAAAAGGUACUCGGAGCAGGAGCCAAUACCAGGAAGCCGUUUGUGUCAGUCGAAGCUGAAUCUGAAAAGCUGACAAUCACACAAGGACACUUAACGGUGAAUGUGAUUCUAAUAAUUUCCUUUUUUUAUGACGUGAAUUAUAGCUAUGCUGCUCCUCAGACGCUGUCUGAUUGAGGAAUAUCAAGGGCUACAGUGUUCUUUUUUUUUGUACUUUGGAUUCAGUAUUUGCCCAAAACACAUUCCCUGGUUUAGUUUGUUUACAAAUCUGAUGAUCUUUUGGCGGCCGUCUUGUUGGAGUGAUCCCUUCCUCUGCCACUUUAGCAAUAAUCUCAAGCAAAAAAAAGGUGCAUAUUGGGUUUCACUGUUUAUUUUGAGUGCUUACAUUGAUUUUACAUUUCGAGAAACAAGAGAGUGAUGAGACCCAUGGUCUCUUUAUUCUCUCAACUCUUUAUUUCCUCUCCGCCACAAUUCUCCAGAUUUGUUGUUCAUGCGAGCUGAGCCUUUUCUGACCCCAGAUAGCUUUGACUUUUGUAUUUAUUGUUCAGCUCGGCACCAGUUUGACCUCACCCACAAGCAUGUCGCAGCCCUGGUUUUCCGCUCACCGUCGAGUGGGGUCGGGCAGUUUCGUCCUCCGCUCGUGAUCAUUUGGUUUAUCAAGCCCAAUGUGACCAAAGUAUUUCAACGACGUGACAAGAGAGGUUUUUGUUUUUAUUUCUCCAAAUAAGCAAAAAGGACAUUUGUGUUGUGUGUUUGUGUUCGACCUGCCUUCGACCUCCCGCUGCCUCAGAUCUGUGUAUUUGUGCCGCCUACCGAGUUAGUGUGACGCACUGAAGCUGGCUGACUUCAGCUGGUGCAGCUUUGUACAUGUUCAUGGACAAGAAGUCAAAUAUGAGGCGAUUAAUGUAAAGUAGUAUAGCAUUACUAUAUUAUUUACUGUUAAUAAAUAAUAUUGAAUAUUGAAUUCAGUGCAGAAGCAGUCUGCACUGUAUAUAAAAGUCUCUAUAUAUUGAAUCUAGAAGUACUAAGAGUCAGUCAGUGGAAGCUUGGACAGGAUGUGUUAUUAUUUUAUAACAAACUGUUGCACAAUAUCCAAUGACCUUUCUAUGUGAAAGAUGUCCUGUAAUACAAUGGUAAUGACAGAUUAAUAUUGGGGUUUUUCCAAAGCAAGCUGCUGCUUUGCACUGCAGCACUCUUACAUAAUCAUAACUCGGUACAAAGCUGCACUGCUGAGUCGUGGUGGAGGCUUGUGCCAUGUGUGUUGGAGAGAUGUGAGAACCGCGUAUCUGCCACGGGACACUUGUUAUAUUUUAGCAUUUGGAAUGGAUGUGGAUAAACAAGACUCUUCCUGGUGGGCUCUACUUAGAUCUAGUUAUGCAACAACUGAUUCCUGAGGGAAGUGGAUUUCAUAGAUUCACAAGCAAGACCUGCGACGUUCAGAGGAAGGCUGAAUCGCUGGGCGUCAAAGGUCUCGCCUGCCGCUAUGAAAUGCAGAACUUCUCCGUCUGUAUCAAGUGCAUUACACAUAUACUGUAUUUUGUUAUACAGAGAAUUUUACAGUGUAUAGAUAGAGAUGAAUAUCGCUUUAUGAUGCUUGUUCAGUGUUAUUUAUGAGAGGAAUAAAAAUAUGUCAACUUUG